GACCCGUUUGACGUGGCCAAGUCUCAGCGUUGGCGAGUACGGUCCAUGGUGUCAUCGCUCUCCAUUUUGCUUCGUUUUGAGUUGCAGGGGAAGAAAUAAAAAAAACCAGACACAACUCGCAAAAUGAAUGAAGAAUACGACGUUAUCGUUCUAGGGACCGGACUUACGGAAUGCAUCCUUUCCGGGAUCAUGUCCGUAAAAGGGAAGAAGGUGCUGCACAUGGACCGGAACCCGUACUAUGGAGCAGAGAGCGCAUCCAUCACCCCCCUGGAGGACCUCUACACGCGGUUCAGCCUGCCUGGCAGCCCCCCGGACUCCAUGGGGAGGGGGAGGGACUGGAACGUGGACCUCGUCCCCAAGUUCCUGAUGGCCAAUGGUCAGCUGGUCCGCAUGCUGCUCAUCACUCAGGUGACCCGCUACCUGGACUUCAAGGUCAUCGAGGGCAGCUACGUCUACAAGAAGGGGAGCAUCUUCAAAGUGCCGUCCACCGAAACAGAGGCGCUGACCAGCAGCCUGAUGGGAAUGUUCGAGAAGCGGCGUUUCAAGAAGUUUCUGGAGUUUGUCUCCAACUUCGACGAGAACGAUCCCAAAACCCUGCAGGGCGUCGUCCCGACGAAGACCACGAUGCGCGACGUCUACAAGAAGUUUGACCUGGGACAGGACGUGGUGGACUUCACCGGACACGCCCUCGCCCUCUACAGGACCGACGACUACCUGGACCAGCCAUGCUUGGACACCAUCACCAGAAUCAGGCUGUACAGCGAAUCUCUGGCCCGAUACGGGAAGAGCCCUUACCUGUACCCUCUCUACGGCCUGGGAGAGCUCCCCCAGGGCUUCGCCAGAUUAAGUGCCAUUUACGGAGGCGUCUACAUGCUGAACAAGCCAAUCGAAGAGCUGGUGAUGGAGAACGGAAAGGUGGUGGGCGUCAAGUCGGAGGGUGAGGUGGCCCGCUGCAAACAGCUGAUCUGUGACCCCAGCUACGCCAUGGACCGUGCCAGCAAGGUGGGUCAGGUGAUCAGAGUCAUCUGCAUCAUGAACCACCCCAUCAAGAACACCAGCGACGCCAAUUCCUGCCAGCUCAUCAUUCCGCAGAACCAGGUCAACAGGAAGCACGAUAUCUACGUGUGCAUGAUCUCCUCGGCCCACAACAUCGCAACCACGGGUAAGUACGUGGCCAUCGUCAGCACCAUGGUGGAGACCAGCAACCCCGAGGGGGAGAUUAAACCUGCCCUGGACCUGCUGGAGCCCAUCGAGCAGAAGUUUGUGAGCACCAGUGACCUGUACAGCCCUGUGGAUAUGGGCACAGAGAGCCAGAUCUUCAUCUCCCGGUCCUACGACGCGACGACUCACUUCGAGACCACCUGCGACGACAUUAAGGACAUCUACAAGCGCAUGACGGGCGCGGACUUUGACUUUGCAGAAAUGGAACGCCAGAAGUGCGACAUCUUCGGUGACACGGAGUAGCAGAGCGUCUCCGUUUAUUCUAUAUCACUGACAACUGUUAAUCAGAAAAUAUUACUGGCUUACGAUGUUAUGUUUUGCGAAUCUUAAUAAAAAAAGGGUAUACAUUUGUAUUGAUA